AUGAGAUUUUCUCUGACUGAGGAGGUGAAGAAGAACCUGAGUGGCUCUGUGGGAGGAAACAUCACUCUACCUGAUCCUCUGCUGGAGAAAGGAUUCCUGUCAUAUGGAAGAACAAUUAUUGCUGAGGUGAAUAAGGGGGAACCUGAAAUAUUAGAGGAAAUUUACAUGAACAAACUUCACUGGGACAGAAACACUGGACUCUUUACACUCACAGACCUGCAGAGGAACGACUCAGGGAUUUAUACCAUCGACUCUAAAAAAGGAAAAGUUUUCACAACAUCUUAUAAACUCACAGUGUAUGACUCUGUAGCGCCUCCUGCAGUGAAGAAAGUGACUGUGAGCUCUGAGAUCUGCUCCUUACUGUGUUCAGUGGACAAAGAGACGACACUGCUGUGGUUUAAAGACGAGGAGAUCCUGAACCAGAGCAGCUCUGCGCUCUCUCUGCCUCUCACUGUGCAGCAGCAGGACUUCAGCUCCUCUUACAGAUGUGUGGCUGCAAACCCUGCAGAAAAUAAAACUGUGACUGUCAACGUGAAAGCAAUCUGUGGAGGAAAUGACACAAACAGCUCCGAUUACCCUGCACAAAGAAACUAUAUCAUCCUGUUUGUAAUCUUCUUUCUGACUGCUGCACUUGCUAUCAUCAUCAUCAUCAUCAUCGUCAUCAAGAGGAAGCAUCCUGUCAAAAACAAGUGGAAACUUCUACGAGCAGGAUCUGUGGAUGCAGUUCUCCUUUAUACUGACACACGUGACAGCAGACAGGGAGGGAUUUUACCAGCUGUAUCAGGAACCAGUGAUCGCUCCAGUCUGACAACAGUGUCUUAUAAACUGGUGGAUCAUCACAUGAUCACAGACCCUGCUGAUGAUGUUUGGCAGCAAUCAGCAGAUUUAACUACAGAUACUGACUGAUCAGGAUGCAGCAGAAAGGGAAAAGCUUCACCCAUUACAGCUGUGUGCUGGGAAACCAGCAGAGAGGACGUCUCAUACCUCUGAGUUGGAGUGCUGUUGUUGUUUGGAUGAACUGGAGGCUGAGAUGGUUUCACCAUCAGCUUUGCCCUCUGUAGUCAUUUUGGAUCAAACCCUCCUCUGAGAAGAGGAUCAGGAUCAGCAUU